AUGGGCAAAAACAAAAAGCAAGCAGCAGAGGGCGAGGAGGCGCGGCGCGGGUCGGAGUCGUCAGGUUCGUCCGCGGAGCCCAGCGGCGCGGUCGCGGAGCUGCCCAGCUUCAAGAAAACGGCGGGCGGAGCGCGCAGCGGACUGAUCGAGCAAGACGCAGUGGACACGAUCCGCGAGCAGACGGCGGUGAAGUUUGCGGACGAGGACGAGGUGGUGGAGCAGGAUGAGGCUGCGCAGAAGACGGAGGCGGUGGCGAGCGAGAGCUCGUCGCUGGCGGACAAGGAGGAGUGCGAUGAGAGCAAACUGGACCACUUCCGCAAGUUCUUCCGCCGGACGAGCAGCCGCAGCAGCGACGAGGGCGAGGGCGGCGGGAUGAUGGAGCGCUUCAUCAACAUGACGGGCGGCGGGAUGGUGCCGGUGGUGACGGAGGCGCCGGAGGAGGACGAGGAGGCUGGGCCGGAUCCGACAGCCGAGGCGGAGGCGGCGGCGCGGGAGAUCAUGAAGGCGCACCACCUGUCGAGCGGACAGUCGGUGGACAUGAUGUCGAUGAGCUCGUCCGGCGAGUCAGGCUUCUUCAUGCCGGUCGCGGAGCAUUACGACGACGAGUACAACCCGGAGCAGGAGGAGGAGCAGCGCGACGACAUGUCCGAGGCCACGUACGUGCCUCCGCCGCAGCACGUGCGCGGGGGGGUGCUGGGCUCGCUGCUGCGACUGUACCAGAACCAGCCCGGCGGUCAGGCCCCGCAGCGCCCCGGGCUGCGCAAGAGCGCGCAGACGCUGAGCUCUGAGACGCUUCCGACCGGCGAGAGCUACGAGAUGCCAAAGUUCAAGGCCAAGCGCCCGCGCGGAAGCAAAAUCCCCAACCCCAUCAAGCUGAAACGGAAGUCCGCGAUGUCCGAGGCGAGGAUCACGGUGCACAUUGCAGACUUACUCCAGCGCCAUCGUUUCAUUCUCCGUCUGUGUAAGGCGUUUAUGAUGUACGGCGCGCCAACGCACCGUCUGGAGGAGUAUAUGGUUAUGACCUCGCGCGUCCUGGAGAUUGACAGUCAGUUCUUGUACCUGCCGGGUUGCAUGGUCGUGUCAUUCGGUGAUACAAUUACAAGGACCUCGGAAGUGCAGCUUGUGCGCUGUUCGCAGGGGCUCAACCUCUGGAAACUGCACCAGGUCCACUCCAUCUACAAGCAAGUUGUCCACGACAUCAUCAGUGUCGAGGAUGCAAGUCGCACAAUCGAGACGAUCAUGGCUGAAAAGAACCUCUAUCCGGCGUGGAUGUGCGUGUUGCUGUACGGUUUCUGCGCAAGUAUGGUGACUCCAUUCGCCUUCGGAGGUGACUGGAUUAACCUGGUGGUAUCUUUCGGUAUUGGUUGCUGCGUUGGCCUACUUCAGUUUAUCGUUGCCCAGCGCUCCCAUGUCUACUCAAAUGUCUUUGAAAUCACAGCCUCCAUCGUAGUGAGUUUCUGUGCCCGUGCGCUUGGCUCCAUUCCCAACUCGAAUAUCUGUUUCGGGUCCACUGUCCAGGGUUCCCUAGCGCUCAUUCUUCCGGGCUAUAUCAUCUUGUGCGGCUCGCUAGAACUACAGAGCCGGAGUCUUGUCGCAGGUUCCGUGCGGAUGUUUUAUGCCAUCAUCUACUCGCUCUUCCUAGGUUUCGGUAUCACUCUGGGAGCCGCGCUCUUUGGUUGGAUCUACCGCGAUGCCACAAACGAGACCGUGUGUGAGAAAGAACUGUCGCCGUGGUUCCGCUUCAUCUUUGUGCCGGGGUUUGCACUCGGCCUAUCUUUGAUUAACCAAGCGCGCUGGUCCCAGAUCCCGGUCAUGGUCUGCAUUGCCUGUUCUGGUUACGUCGUCACCUACUGGUCCGGCCAGCAUUUCACUGCUUCUACGGAGUUCACCGCCUCCAUCGGUGCCUUUGUUAUUGGAAUCAUGGGCAACUUGUACUCCCGUAUUUGGAAAGGUCUUGCUAUGACUGCCAUGUUGCCUGGCAUAUUUGUUCAGGUGCCAUCUGGUAUUGCCUCGAAGAGCACUCUGCUAUCCAGUGUGCAGAGCGCCAACAACAUGGUCAGUAACGGCACAAACGCCGCUGUGAAUAGUGUGGAUGGCAGGACGUCCAUAUCGUUCGGUAUCACCAUGAUUCAGGUCUGUAUCGGUAUUUCCGUCGGUCUUUUCGCAUCGACACUGGUGGUUUAUCCAUUCGGAAAGAAACGCACCGGUCUUUUCACCUUGUAA